CCCACUAUAAAGCUCAGUGAGUUUCAGCCGAGGAGAUUGUCUGCGGGCUCCGGUGGAUUCAAGUAAUUUAUGCACAGACAGAAAACAAGUCGGAACAGUUUAGAUCUGUUUCCGUCACAUGGGAACAAUCCUACAUAUUUGUAUGCAGGCAUAAAAUGUAGCGAAUACUCUGCAGUGAAAGUCGUCUUUGUAAUUGGAAUACAGGCGCGUUAAUGUAGUCCCAAACAAGAGCAUUUAAAAACAAUCAAUCAAUUUUUUUGUUGAAUCAAGAUGCAGCCCUAAACUUAGUGUCUCGCAAGGUGGAAGUUGAUUUUCAGUCCAAAUAUUCCUGUUAAGAUGGAAAGCACUCCUUAGUCGAGCGGACGAGAUGGGAAAAUGGGAGUUAACAAUGAACCCAGUGCAGGAAUGGGGUGAGGAGAUUGAGGACGGUGCAGUUUAUGGGGUCACUCUGCGCCGGGAGCCCGUCCCCUCCUCCAACCCCAGUGAAACGAGUCCAUGCUGUGCAUUUGUCCAGUACCGAACCUGCAAGGUGCGGCGUCUGAAGGCUGCUACCCUGGACCUGCUUAUGAGUCACCUCCUUGACCCUGACUGCCAGGAGCAGGACUACGGCAGGAUCUUCCUCUCCACAUACAGAACCUUCACUGGUACCUCAGAGCUCAUAGAGCUGCUCUUCCAGAGAGACAAUGCUUCCUCAGACCUGGACAACCGUGAAUGCUACAGCAGCCCUCUGUUGGCCUUUGUCCAGACAUGGUUGGAUGAAUACAGUGAAGACUUCAGGGAUCCUCCUCUGCACUCGGCACUCCGGCUGUUGUUGGAUCACCUCAGAAUCAGCUCUGCAGUUCACAACAACAUGCGCACCCAGCCCAACUUCUGCUCGCUGGCUGCGCAAGCUGAGACGCUGCUCAAGAGCUUACAGAAAGAAGAAGCUGAGACAAUAGUCAGUCCAGCCCAGGCAGACCUGGAGCAAGAUGAGGAGGGUUCUGGUGAUGAGGAUUCACAGUGUGAAAACCCGCUGGAUCAAGGCGGCAUCAUGGAUUUCUCUGCUACAGCCAUUGCCGAACAGCUUACCCAAAUAGACUCUGCUCUGUUUGUCAAAGUGGUGCCGUACCAGUGUCUGGGCUGUGUGUGGUCGCAGAGAGACAAGAAGGAAAACAUGUCUCCCACCAUCCGAGCCACCAUUGCACAGUUCAACGCCAUUACCAACCAGGUCAUCAUGUCGCUGCUCUGCCAGUCGACAGACGCAACCUCAAGUCCCACUUCCUCCCGCCGGCCUCCUACUACACCUGUUCAAAGGGCCCGAAUCAUAGAGAAGUGGAUCAGAGUAGCACAGGAUUGUCGUCAGUUGAAGAACUUCUCCUCUCUCAGGGCGAUCCUGUCGGCCCUUCAGUCUAAUGCGGUUUACAGGCUGAGAAAGACCUGGGCUGCUGUUAGCAGGGAUAGCAUGGCCACGUUUGAUAACCUCUGGGAAACAUUCCCUGAUGAGAACUGUGUUCUGACCAACAGAGAGCUCCUGGUGGAGGAUGGCCAAGUGACUGUGGGUAACAUUUCUCCAAAGAUAUCCAAGCGGUGUCCGAUCUCCAGACAGAUGAGUACCUCCAGUGGAGUGGUUCCUUACCUUGGCACCUAUCUGACCGUCCUCACCAUGCUGGACACUGCUCUGCCGGACACUGUGGAGGGUGGGCUCAUAAACUUCGAGAAGAGGAGGAGGGAGUUUGAGGUUCUGUCACAGAUCCGCGUGCUGCAGACUUCCUGUUCUCAGUACAACCUACCCCAUCACCCCAGGAUCGAUGCCUGGCUGCAGGGUCACAAGCUGCUCACGGACCAGGAGAGUUAUGAACUGUCGAGGCAGCUGGAGCCUCCAGUGGACUUGUGUUCGCCAACUCCAUGGAGCCACCGCACACUCACAAAGAAACUCUCCUUCCUCCUGACAGCGAGCGAUGGAUCUAAAAAAGUCCCUGCUGACCAGAUCAGCGUUACAUCUUCUGGAUCCAGUGGAUCUGAGAUGGAGGACCUCUCCUCCCCAAACUCAGCCUGUUCCAUCAGACUGCAGUCCUUUCACAGCUCUUGCAACAACGUGUCCGAGGCCUUCUCUUCCUCAUCGUCCUCCUCUUCCACGUCAUCCCCUUGCUCCUCAGCGGCUUCCUCUCCAGACUCCCCUAAUUCUUCCAGCUCCUCGUCCUCCCCCUCCGACUGCCAGACAGAUCUCUGCCCUCCGGCCGCUUCAUGCGCCGGCACCUGGCAAAAGCCUGCUCUGGCCUCCCACCACAAGCGCUCCGUGUCCAUGACCUCCCUGCCUGUGUAUAACCGCCAGGUGGCCGACUCGUGUAUAGUGAGGGUGAGCGUGGACCUGGGCCACAACAACGGCAACAUGUACAAAAGCAUCAUGUUGACCAGUCAGGAUAAGACUCCACAGGUGAUUCAAAGGGCAUUGGAGAAGCAUCACCUUGAGCACAUGAACUGGCGGGACUUCACCCUGACCCAGGUCAUCUCCCAAGAAAGGGAGUUGCUCAUACCAGACAAAGCAAACGUCUUCUAUGCCAUGUCCACAACAGCAAACUUUGACUUUGUAUUACGCCAAUUCUCCAAAGGCCAGAAGAAACCACUGAGAGCCACUUCUAGUCUUGGACGAUAUACAAAGUAGCACCUCUGGUCUACAAGUUCUGCACCUGGAGGAUGAUCUCAGCUCAAGGGACACUCUUUGGAAAUUGCCUCUAUUCUAAAAAAAAAAAAAGAAUGUUUUAUAAGAAAAGUGUUCUGCCAAGAGGGUUCAUCCUUUUUUUUGGAUACCAAAGAGGUAAAAAUGUGAUGUUUUUAAGAUGAUGCAAAAGCACUUUAUGAAGAAGAACGCUCACUCUACAGAAACCUAUGGACUGAUAAAGAAAACAUCUGGAUCAGACAAACUUUUAUUUCCUGUUGGAAUAAACUUGGUAUGAGUCCAUAACAAAAACAGAA